GAUGAUUUGAAGUGGUCCAAGCAAACAACACGAUCACGGAGAGGGCCACCUCCUCCUAUAAAACCACCCGCUCUCAGCCAAAGACGUAUCAGUGACAAAUCUGACUUCUCACUUUGCAGCAAUGGCUUCCAAAACGGUCAUUCUCUUCGCCGCAGUCGCAGUAGCGCUGCUGAGCGUUGCCACCGCGAAGCAUUGCGAGGGCGGGAGACUUGACAGGCUCGAAUCGCUGAUGGACUUCUGCUCGACGUACGUCGAAAGUCAGCGCGACUUCAUUCCUUCAAUGUGCAGCAGACAAGUCAUCCGUCAACUGGAAAAAGCACCCCAUUGCCAAGUGAAGGACGCUGUAAACCUAAUGGAUAGGUGUUUCGCAGGCCAUUCCGGAGGAGACCAGGCCAAGACUUGCCUCCAGCAGUCUAUUGACGCCGGAAUCUGUUGUUAACAACCGAAUUUUAAAUUUUGUAAAUAUGUAUCAAAUAAACUUAAACGUUGUUACAACUCA